AUGGAGCAAAGUAUUCGACGUUUAUACCCGCAUUUUUCAAACGAAAGAUUCCAAGAAGUUUUGGAUUUCGCGAAUGAGCGACUUGAAGAAUGGGAUGGAUCAAAUGCUACGGAACAACCAGGAUGCAGUGUAAGCAGGGAUUUUCUAAAACUUUUAGAUGAAAUCAUAAUUUUUUUUAGACAUGGAGCAUCGAAGAUCGCAUGGCUAAUCAAUCGCUUCACGAAACUGAGCGUUUCAUUCGAGUUGUUUGGGAAGCCAUUUUCAAGAAAUUUGGAAGCCCAGAAGGUUUCAAAAGCAACCAACUACACAGUUGGUACGUCCUUAGAAAGAAGCUUGAUUGA